AAAUUUAGCACUUUCAUGUCAAAGCAUUUAAUUUUUGAUUUUUUUUUAGGAAAGGAGCAAUAGUGUAUGAAGGGAGUACUUCGCAUUUACCCGAAGUAUAAAUAUUUAUUGACUAAACGCGUCAGAAUAAUAAAUUUUAUUAAUUGCAUAAUUUGUUAAGUUCGUUGUUUACUUUGUUAUUAUACAAAAUGUAAAUAAUUUGAAUUAAUUAAGAAUGAAAAAUCUUUCGAUUUAUUAAAAAGUUGAAACAAACUUAUCUUGAUACCGAUUUAGGUUAAACAAUUGUAAUCUCAGCAUAUUUUCUCUAACUAAAGAUAUCAUCCCUACAAUGCCGAUGUCUGCAAAAGUUUUCGAUCAUAUUCUUUCCAAAUUUCCUCAGCAUUUUUCUCUACUCUUUGCGUAUGGCUCCUCGAUUUUCCCUCAAAGCAAGAAGUACAAUUUGACUAAAGAGGAAAACAUGAUUGAUUUUAUUUUUUGUGUGGAUGAUCCCUUAGCUUGGCAUAAGAUGAAUCUAGUCAAUAAUAGAAAACACUAUUCCAUCAUUAAAUAUGGAGGUGCUGAAUUUAUAACUAAACUGCAAGAUCACUUUGGUGCAAAUGUUUAUUUUAACACAUUAGUCCAAAUUGAAGACAAAUUAAUAAAAUAUGGAGUCAUCCGGACAUCAAAUCUUAUUGAAGAUCUUUUAGACUGGAAGUUCUUGUAUAUGAGUGGAAGACUGCAUAAACCAGUAAAAUUUAUCAAACCUGCAACUAAUGUUGAAUUACAAAAAGCACUGCAUACAAAUUUGCAAAGUGCUUUACAUGCUGCUCUGUUAAUGUUGCCAGAGUCUUUUUCUGAAGAUGACUUAUAUACAAAAAUUACUGAAUUAUCUUACAGAGGAGAUUUUCGAAUGUAUUUUGGAGAAGAUAAACAAAAAGUUCAGAAAAUUGUACAAAAUCAAGUACCAUACUUUAGAAAUGUAUAUGCUGACCACAUUAAAUCUAUGCCAUUGCUUCACUGGAAUCCUAACCAAAACCUAAUUGAACAAGAUGGGUCAAGUGCAGCUACUCUUCAUCAUCUUAAUCUUCUUCCAAAAACAGUUCAACACAAUUUGUUAGUAAGGCACAACAAAGAUGGAAGAUAUAGAGAUCUUGAAGAUAUUCUUCAAGUUGUUGCCUUCGACUCUGAAAGCAGUCACAUGGUUCAAAGAGCAAUUGAAGAUAUAGUUUUUUGGCCCAGCAUUACUCAGAGUACCAAAGGAAUUUUAACAGCAGGUAUCAUUAAAUCUUUGAAAUAUAGUUCCAGAAAAGUGAAGAAAAUGGUGAAAUCAUUACAAUGAAUAUAACAUUGCAUUUUUUAACUAAAUUUUCUACUAGUUUAGAUUCACUAAAAACUUAAAUUUACAAUUUUUUUCAUUAAUU